CUUCCUUCUCACUUCAAUCUCCUCCUUCUUCCCAACUCCAACUAGAUCUCCCUCACUUCCCCCCACAUCAUCUAAACGCCGUCGUUUUCACCUCCCCAACACACCUCCAAAAAAGCCCUAGUCUUUCUCCACCAUUCCCAAUCCCCAAUUGGGCUCUCCAUGCAUGCACUCAACCCCUAAUUCAAUUGCAUCAAACCCUAAAGCUUUGAUCUUUGGUUAAAGUUUUGAUUUUUUUUUUGGGGGUGAUUGGAUUCAAUGGAAGAUGAUUACAUGGGCAGCGAUGAGGAGUUGUAUACCUCCGAUCAGGAAGAAGACGAUUACUCUAUCGAAGGAGAUGGCCUUGAAAACGAUGGCUCUGAUAUUCCUUGGAUUCCUCCAAAGGGCCCCUCUACUAAGGUGAUUACCAAGGAAUCACUUUUGGCUGCACAGAAGGAGGACUUGCGUAGAGUGAUGGACUUACUAUAUCUGAGGGAGCACAAUGCCCGAACUUUACUUAUUCAUCACCGGUGGGAUGUUGAAAAGCUUUUUGCAGUGCUUGUGGAGAGGGGGAGGGCUUUCUUGUUUGCAGAAGCAGGUGUAUCGGUAGUUGAACAUGAAGACUUUGAACCACCUUCUUCGACAACUAUGUGUGCUAUAUGUAUAGAGGAUGUACCUAGUAAUGAGGCAACUAAAAUGGACUGUGGGCAUUGCUUUUGCAACGGCUGUUGGACAGAGCAUUUUGUUGUGAAGAUAAAUGAUGGUCAAAGUAAGCGCAUUCGAUGCAUGGCACACAAAUGUAAUGCCAUUUGUGAUGAAGCCGUUGUUAGAAAUCUAGUUAGCAAGAGCCAUCCAGAUCUUGCGGAGAAAUUUGAUCGGUUUCUUCUAGAGUCAUACAUUGAGGAUAAUAAAAGGGUUAAGUGGUGCCCAAGUAUUCCUCAUUGUGGAAAUGCAAUACGAGUGGAGGAUGAUGAAUCUUGUGAGAUUGAAUGUUCCUGCGGUCUUCAGUUUUGUUUCCGUUGUUCAUUACAAGCCCACUCUCCUUGUUCAUGUUUGAUGUGGGAGCUUUGGGCCAAGAAAUGCCGAGAUGAAUCAGAGACAGUUAAUUGGAUCACAGUCCAUACUAAACCUUGUCCCAAGUGUCACAAACCUGUAGAGAAAAAUGGUGGCUGCAACCUUGUGAGUUGUAUCUGUGGGCAAGCAUUCUGUUGGCUUUGUGGUGGAGCUACUGGCCGAUCCCAUACAUGGUCAAGUAUUGAAGGUCAUAGCUGUGGGCGAUACAAAGAAGACAAAGAAAACAACGCUGAGCGGGCAAAGCGAGAUCUCUAUCGGUAUAUGCACUAUCACAACCGUUAUAAAGCUCAUACUGAUUCUAUCAAGCUUGAAAGUAAGUUGAAGGAGACUAUACUAAAGAAGGUAUCAAUUUCGGAAUCUAAGGAAUCGAAGAACAGAGAUUUCAGCUGGGUAACGAAUGGACUCUCUAGACUUUUCAGGUCUAGGCGGGUUCUUUCAUAUUCAUAUCCAUUUGCAUUUUAUAUGUUUGGUGAUGAGCUAUUUAAGGAUCAGAUGUCAAAUGCGGAAAGGGAAAUAAAACAAAAUUUGUUUGAGGACCAGCAGCAACAGCUUGAGGCAAAUGUGGAGAAACUAUCCAAGUUUUUAGAGGAGCCAUUUAAUGAGUAUGAAGAGGAAAAAGUGAAGGACGUAAGGAUGCACGUGAUCAAUUUCUCAGUAAUCACAGAUAGACUCUGUCAGAAAAUGUAUGAUUGUAUUGAGAAUGAUUUAUUGGGUUCUGUGGAACUCGGUAUCCACCACAAUAUAGCUCCUUACAAGUCAAAGGGCAUUGAGAAGGCAUCAGAACUUUCAGCUUCUGAUAAAGAUCUACCAUUUCAUCGUGGAACAAAUGGUUUGCUGUCUCACUCCUGAUGUAGGAGGAUCACUUGAACCAGAACAUCCUUCAGGUUCUGGAAGUUCAUAUGAGAGUGGCUGCUCAUCUCGGAAGCGUCCUAGGAAGGAGGGUCCUGGAGGUUUUGAUCUGAAUUUGCCAGGAGAGGUCAUUGACAGAAACUGAUUCUGAUUUGUGCAAGUUGCAAAGCUUCAUGAGAAAAAAGUGUACAGUCUCUAACGUAAGACCCUCUUUAUAAAUAACAGUGUAUUUCCGGA